AUGGCUUCUCAAGCAAAAGAAAGUAGCUACCCGCCGCCACCUCCAUCUCCCCCGCCACCCGAGAACCUGAAGUCGAAGAUAUCUCCAUAUGUCCUAAAAUUAAGAAACGCUCCUUCCGAUUACUUCUACCAAGCACCAAAAAAUUCGCCUUUUGUUGAUCUACUUGCAGCACCCACUGGCCCAUACUUCUUCUACGGCACACUUGUCGACCCUUCGAUGCUUGCUGAAGUCCUUGGCUUAGACGAGAAGCCUAAACUCCGACCUGCUUACCUACUCGGCUACGACUGUAAGAUGUGGGGUCAGUAUCCAGCCUUGAUCGAUGCGCCUGGAUCAGUUGUUCACGGUUUUGUGUAUCAUGUGCGCACGGUGGAAUUUGGCGAGAAGCUUGCGACUUAUGAGACAAAUAAUUACCAUGCCGAGCCCUGUCUCAUCAGAUUUACAGAUGACCAGGGGCCAAAAGAGGAUAUAGGACAUACGUUCAAAUUCGUGGGAAAUGUCAAUGAUCUGAGUGAUGGUAACUUCAGCUUAGAGCUCUGGUUGAGAAGGAUGGGUAGGCAGAUUGAAACAGACAAGGUGGAUUCUACGAGUGGUAGUCAGUAG